AGAUCUGAAGAACGUUUUUCUUGUACAAAGAUGGAAAACAGUACAACUACCAUUUCUCGAGAGGAGCUGGAAGAGCUACAAGAAGCCUUUAAUAAAAUAGAUAUUGACAACAGUGGGUAUGUCAGUGACUAUGAACUUCAGGACCUGUUUAAAGAAGCAAGCCUUCCUCUACCUGGCUACAAAGUGCGCGAGAUUGUGGAGAAAAUUCUAGCAGUUGCUGACAGCAAUAAAGAUGGCAGAAUCAACUUUGAAGAGUUUGUGUCACUAAUGCAGGAGUUAAAAAGCAAAGACAUCAGCAAAACAUUCCGAAAAAUAAUUAACAAGAAGGAAGGUAUUACUGCAAUUGGAGGAACUUCAGCGAUUUCCAGUGAGGGCACACAGCAUUCUUACUCAGAGGAAGAAAAAGUGGCUUUUGUGAACUGGGUAAACAAAGCUCUGGAGGAUGACCCUGACUGUAAGCAUCUCAUACCCAUGAACCCUAAUGAUGGCAGUCUUUUCAGAUCGCUUGCAGAUGGCAUAUUACUUUGCAAAAUGAUCAACUUGUCUGAACCUGAUACAAUUGAUGAAAGAGCCAUUAAUAAGAAAAAACUCACCCCUUUCACUAUUUCUGAAAAUUUAAACCUUGCCCUGAAUUCUGCCUCUGCCAUUGGUUGCACAGUGGUCAACAUUGGUGCACAAGACCUCAAAGAAGGAAAACCUCACUUGGUCUUGGGACUUCUUUGGCAGAUUAUCAAAGUUGGUCUUUUUGCUGAUAUUGAGAUCUCCAGAAAUGAAGCACUGAUUGCAUUGCUAAAGGAAGGUGAAGAGCUAGAGGAGCUAAUGAAGCUUUCUCCUGAGGAGUUACUGCUUCGGUGGGUGAACUACCACCUGACUAAUGCAGGAUGGCGCACCAUCAGUAAUUUCAGCAACGACAUUAAGGAUUCAAGAGCCUAUUUUCACCUGCUUAAUCAGAUUGCCUCUAAAGGUGAUAGGGACGGUGGACCUGCCAUUGCCAUUGACCUUUCAGGGUUUAAUGAGAAAAAUGACCUGAAGCGUGCUGGAUUCAUGCUUCAAGAAGCAGAUAAAUUGGGCUGCAGACAGUUUGUUACUCCUGCAGAUGUGGUUUCAGGCAAUCCUAAACUUAAUUUAGCUUUUGUAGCUAAUCUGUUUAACACAUACCCAUGCCUACACAAGCCUGAUAAUAAUGACAUCGAUAUAAAUUUAUUGGAAGGGGAGAGCAAGGAAGAGAGGACAUUUCGGAACUGGAUGAAUUCCUUGGGAGUCAAUCCAUACAUUAAUCAUUUGUACAGUGACCUUACAGAUGCACUAGUGAUCUUUCAGCUUUAUGAAAUGAUUCGUGUGCCAGUCAACUGGAGCCAUGUCAACAAACCUCCUUAUCCUGCUCUCGGAGGGAACAUGAAGAAGAUUGAAAACUGUAACUAUGCAGUGGAACUUGGGAAGAAUAAGGCCAAAUUCUCUUUGGUUGGCAUUGCUGGGCAGGACUUAAAUGAAGGGAAUCCAACACUUACGCUAGCAUUGAUAUGGCAGCUGAUGAGAAGGUAUACAUUGAAUGUGUUAUCAGAUCUUGGAGAGGGUGAAAAAGUAAAUGAUGAAAUUAUUAUUAAAUGGGUCAAUCAGACUCUUAAAAGUGCAAACAAAAAAACUUCUAUCACCAGCUUCAAGGACAAGUCUAUUAGCACUAGUUUACCUGUCCUAGAUUUAAUAGAUGCCAUUGCUCCUAAUGCAGUUCGUCAAGAAAUGAUCAAAAGAGGAGACUUUUCUGAUGAGGACAAGCUGAAUAAUGCUAAAUAUGCCAUUUCGGUUGCUCGAAAGAUCGGUGCCCGGAUAUAUGCACUACCUGAUGACCUAGUAGAAGUGAAACCAAAGAUGGUUAUGACGGUGUUUGCAUGUUUAAUGGGAAAAGGACUGAACAGAAUAAAAUAAUGCAACUUUUGAUAAGAUUUUCUGCCACACUGAACAUAUUGAAUGUCUCACA